AUGAAAUUAUUUGUUUCAUUAGUUGUUUUAUUGGUCGCUAUCAGUACCGCCAACGCCUCAUGUGCUAUGGGACAAAAGUGUGUCAAGCUCGGAGAACAAUGUCCACCAUCUUCAGUCGAUCCAUGGACUUCGUGUGAAGCUGGUUCAUGGUGUUGGUUCGGUGACAAUCCAAAGCCAAAUGCCUGGGGUAACUGUACUGCUUACGCAAAGCUAGGUGAAUUCUGUGAUGGUGAUUACUGGUCUUGUGCCGAUGGUUUGACUUGUUAUGGAAGCACAAGACAACCAAAGACCUGUCAAUACACCAAUUACGCCAAUGUCGGUGAAGAUUGUGAUUCAGCUGUUGACUGCACCAACGGUAAUCAAUGUAUCUAUGGAAAGUGUCAAGUCAAAGCUUCAACUCAAACUGUAGGUCAAUGUGCAGGUAGAUGGACUGAUUGCCCAUUCGGAUUCUCUUGUAACAUGACCAGCAAUAUCAAGGGUUCAGGUGCUGCAUGUGCCACUCAAAUCCCAAGCUUCGGUCUCGACGGUGCCUUCCCAAGUUUGGAGUGUGACGUCUCGCAAUCGUUGCUCUGUCUCCGUGACAACAACGCCAAAUUGACUUGCCAAACUCCACCAGCUUUGACCACAGUUGACUCCAACACUGGUACCUGUACUGUCAGCACUCGUUUGGGUGCCGAUUGCUCCAAGGCCAUCAACGACCUCGUCAAGUGUACCAUCGACAACAAAUGUCAAAUCUACGCUUCAGGUACCACCUCAUACAAAUCAUGUAUUUAUCAAAACUGUCGUGACAUUAUGUGUCAAAACAAAUGUGACCCAAUUCUUACCAAUGACAAGUCAUGCACUGCCUACCAAUACACUGGAUGUUACGCAAACAACGACUCUUCCUUUGUUCGUCCAACCAUUUUCUUGGUCGUCAUUGCUUUGGUUGCUCUUUUAUUCUAA